GAAGGCAAGUUGAACUUCGAAAAUGCAACCGCCGUCUCUUCAUUCCAAUUUCUUCUCUUCUCUUAAAAGGGUUGAGAAAAGAUUGAGACUUGAGCAGCCACCGGAUUCUGGACAGUCCAUUACUUCGCUGCCGGUGCCGGGAACGGACUCUACACCAGUGGAAUCUUUAAGCUCUCCUUUAUACCUCCAUUUCGACCAACCCACGAGCACUAAUGGCAGCAACUGCACAAACCUCCAAGAAAGCAGUGAACCCCCUCCAGAAUUCUUAUCUUCCUCUCCACCAUUCCUAGCAACCCAUCAAAAGCAUCGAAACCAAUCUCAAACAGACCCCUCAGAUCCCCAAACACCCACCAAAGACACCCACGAUAUUGAAACUUUGAUGCAACUCUUGGGUUUAUCAGAUCAUCAACAAGAAACCCAACAAAAAGGGAAGCAAAGGGUUGUUGUCUGUAAAGAGGAUUCUUGUGGAUAUGAGUGUGGGUUUUAUGGAAAGAUUGUGGGGGUUAAGGGGCCAAAGUGUGAGAAGGAAGUGGAGAGAAUGGAGAGAUGGAUUAGGUAUUUUAUGGAGAAUGAUAAGGAGCCGUUGAGGCUUGCUUUCUUGCUUUUGGGUAAGGCUGCUUUUGAGAGCUCUGAUGAUUAUAGUUCCGGUGGCAUGGAGUUCCCAUCCGCCAUGGAUGAAUUCUUGAAGAAGGAUCCUCCUAAAGAAUGACAAGUACUAAGAGUUUUCUAGUGCCAUUUUUCUUUCUUUUUAUUUGAGUUUUCUUUGUUGUUAUUGUCAUUGUCUAGCAGUGGAGUAGCUACAUGCUUGCAAUGGAAUAUGAAAAUAUUUCUCUUUUCUUGAGCCAAUGGAAUCCAGUGUUUAUACUUUAUAUAUCUAUAUGUGUAAAUAUCCUGAUUGGAUUACCUUCAAAAAGGGAAUUGAAAUAAAAAUUGCUAUGCUGG